AAAGAAUUAUUCGGAAUACAUUUGCUUAAAGAGUACUACCUUCCUCCCGAUCAUCAUCUCUCUCAAUCGCCGGCGUCACUCAGUAGAUCUUCGCUUCCGUCUGUUGUGUGCGAUGAUGAGGUAAAAUCGGAGGGAGAGAGAGAUGGAUGAUAGAGAAGGAUCGUUCGUAGCUGUUAGGAGGAUUUCUCAGGGUCUCGAACGUGGUGGAAGCGUUUACAGUUCCUCUUCUCCUGAGGGUGUGCCUGGAUCAGCAGCUUGGUUAGGCCGGGGUCUUUCUUGCGUCUGUGCUCAGCGAAGAGAUAGUGAUGCAAAUUCUACCUUUGAUCUAACACCUGCUCAGGAGGAAUGCUUGCAGAGUUUGCAGAACCGAAUUGAUGUAGCUUAUGACAGCACUAUACCUCUGCAUCAGGAAGCUCUGAGGAAUCUGUGGAAACUUGCCUUUCCUGAAGAAGAGCUUCAUGGGUUGAUAUCUGAGCAGUGGAAAGAGAUGGGUUGGCAGGGCAAAGAUCCGUCUACUGAUUUUAGGGGUGGGGGUUUCAUAUCUCUUGAAAACUUGCUGUACUUCGCUAGAAACUUUCAGAAAACCUUCCAGGACCUUUUGAGGAAGCAGGUUGGGGAAAGGUCCGUAUGGGAAUACCCUUUUGCUGUUGCUGGUAUCAAUAUAACAUUCAUGCUCAUUCAGAUGCUUGACCUUGAAGCAGUAAAACCUCGAACAAUUGCUGGGGCAACUUUUCUGAAGUUCCUUUCUGAGAACGAAUCAGCCUUUGACAUUCUUUACUGCAUUGCAUUCAAGCUAAUGGAUCAGCAGUGGCUUUCAAUGCGUGCAUCAUACAUGGAAUUCAACACGGUGAUGAAAUCAACAAGGAGACAGCUGGAGAGAGAGCUGAUGAUGGAAGACAUAACGCAUCUUGAAGACUUGCCCUCCUACGCUCUUCUCUCUCAAUAACCACAUCUGGUUUGACCUUUGCUUCUACUGUUGGUUGGUUGGCUCUAAGUAGUGGUUACAAGGAGUGUGUAGUUAGAAAAAAAAAAAAAGAAUGGGUUUGUUUUCUAACAACGUUGAGGGUUUUCUAAAACUGUUUGUUAAUUGAUUGAUGAAAGACGAUUGGGUGAUGUUGUCAGUGUUAGUUAAAUCAUUUGGUAUAUCUCCAAAUUCGAAAGCAGUCUCCUCCGUAAUCUUACGGUGGCGGCUACACUUAAUCUGUUUGUGUAAAGCUUUACCCAUUGAUUGGAUUGCUUUUAGAGAUGAAAACAUGUGAUGCACUCAUAAUCGAACGAAAAUGCGAA